CUGCCGCCUGCCGUCAUCAUUGUGCGUCCCUUCGUGCCUCAGCGCUCCUCCAAUACAUGUUCAGCGUGUGUUACAGUCUGAAAAAAUGGCGAGCUGGUGUGUGCGGGCAGUGAGACAGAGCUACUCAAUUGUAUCUUCGCCAGCGCUGAUAAGAGCGUCUCCACGAUUGUUAUGCACGGCCACCCAGCAGAAGAACGGCCACGGGUCAGAGGAGGAGGCUGAGAAGCCGGAGCAGAGUGCAGCAGAGACCCAGCUGGAGGAACAGCUCAAAGACAUGACGGAAAAGUACAAGAGGGCCUUAGCCGACACGGAGAACCUCAGGACCAGGAGUCAGAAGAUGAUCGAAGAUGCUAAACUAUACGGGAUCCAGGGCUUCUGUAAGGACCUGCUGGAAGUGGCCGACAUCUUAGAGAAGGCCACGGAGAGCGUGCCCAAGGAGGAGGUGACGAGCCAGAACCCCCACCUGAAGAACCUGUACGACGGCCUGGUGAUGACCGAGGUCCAGAUCCAGAAGGUCUUCACCAAGCAUGGCCUGGUCAAGCUCAACCCCGACGGGCAGAAGUUUGACCCCUACGAGCACGAGGCCCUCUUCCAUGCCCCCGUGGAGGGCAAGGAGCCCGGCACCGUCGCCGUAGUAACCAAAGUGGGCUACAAGCUUCACGGUCGAACCCUCAGGCCAGCAUUGGUGGGCGUGGCCAAAGCCUCCUAGAAGUGCUGACGCGACUGUGACCAAGCGGGAUCAGCUCGGUUGCCCUGAGUGCUGGACGAGCUCGGGUCCAGCACGCUGGUCCAGGCUCAAAAGAGACGGGAGCCCAACUGAACCGAACUUUAUAUCCGGACGGUAUCCACCCAGUUUUUAACAGACGCAUUUACACACACGCUUUGUCUGGCUCACAGUCCUUCCAAUAGAAUUUCAGUGUCAGAGUCAGUUAAUCUUAACGAAAGAGAAAUAUGAUGUUUCAGAAAAAGUUAAAACAAGUGACCGUAAACCCCCUCUAAUGUUUUGGGUGAGCUAUGAUGUAAAAUUCAUCCCCAUAAAGCUGAUUCUGAACUGCUGGGAUCAUUCCGGACUUUUGCUAAAGCCCUAAUAAUGUUAUAAUAACUUGACUCCUGUCCUGUUUGUGAGUUGUGUUUUCAUUCUGUGAAUAUAGCAGGGAACCGUACUUGAGGAGUUAAAGAAAAAUUGCACUUUGUACGGAGUUCCUUCUGAGUAAAAAACAUCUUUUCCUUGUUUAUUUUUGGAUGCGAUCAGGCUCCGGUAAGACCGCGUCGGUAAUUGUAAGGUUCUCACGCUUCGAAUUGGCUCAGUGGUGCCUGACGGUGAUGUCACAUCUUAUCUGUAAACCAUUGGGGUAAUUACGUCACGGCAUCAGAUUAAACUGAUUAAAGCAG